UUAAGCUUUGGGCAAACGAACGAGGAGGAGGAUAGAGCCAACUAGAAGACCACUCACUCGUCAAUAAAAAGGCGACGACGACGACGAAGACGAGGGGUGUAAGAAGGAGCCACAAGCAGAGCCAAGGAGUCAGGCACCAGGCCCCAGGCCCCAAGUGGCAGGCGGCAGGCGGCAGGCGGCAGACGGCUGGAGUCGUUAGGGGCAAUUCAAAUCAAAAAGCAGUUAGCUUCAACACCUUCCAAGUCGGAAUAGAAAGAGAGUGAGAGCCAGGAUGCGAUUGCCGUAUCGUAAUAAAAAGGUCACCCUGUGGGUGCUCUUUGGCAUCAUUGUCAUCACGAUGUUCCUAUUCAAAUUUACCGAACUGCGCCCCACCUGCCUCUUCAGAGUGGAUGCCACCAACAACGAGCUGUCCUCCCAAAUGGUUCGCGUUGAGAAAUACGUCACGGAUGACAAUCAACGCGUUUAUUCAUAUAACCGGGAGAUGCCUUUAAUAUUCAUAGGCGGCGUGCCCAGAUCUGGUACGACGCUGAUGCGCGCCAUGCUGGAUGCCCAUCCCGAUGUGCGCUGCGGGCAGGAAACGCGCGUCAUUCCACGCAUCCUGCAAUUGCGCUCGCACUGGCUAAAGUCCGAGAAGGAGUCGCUCCGGCUGCAGGAGGCCGGCAUCACCAAAGAGGUCAUGAACAGUGCCAUAGCGCAGUUCUGUCUGGAAAUCAUUGCUAAGCAUGGCGAGCCGGCGCCCCGUUUAUGUAACAAGGAUCCGCUGACGCUGAAAAUGGGCUCCUAUGUCAUCGAGCUCUUUCCGAACGCUAAAUUCCUGUUCAUGGUGCGCGACGGCCGGGCGACAGUUCAUUCGAUUAUAUCGCGUAAGGUGACAAUCACCGGAUUCGAUUUGAGCAGCUACCGCCAGUGUAUGCAGAAAUGGAAUCACGCCAUCGAGGUGAUGCACGAACAGUGCCGGGAUAUCGGCAAGGACCGCUGCAUGAUGGUCUACUAUGAACAGCUGGUGCUGCAUCCAGAGGAGUGGAUGCGCAAGAUAUUGCAAUUCUUGGAUGUGCCAUGGAACGAUGCGGUCCUGCAUCACGAGGAGUUCAUCAACAAGCCGAACGGGGUGCCGCUCUCCAAAGUGGAGCGUUCAUCGGAUCAGGUUAUCAAGCCGGUGAAUCUGGAGGCGCUCUCCAAGUGGGUGGGCCAGAUACCGGGCGAUGUGGUGCGCGAUAUGGCCGACAUAGCGCCCAUGCUGUCCGUGCUCGGCUACGAUCCGUAUGCGAAUCCGCCGGACUAUGGUAAGCCAGAUGCAUGGGUGCAGGACAACACGUCGAAGGUGAAGGCCAAUCGAAGACUGUGGGAAAAUAAGGCCAAGCAAGUGCUCCAAAUGAAUCCCAGGUCGAGUGAGGACACUGAUAACGACAACCCCAACAAUAUAAUUAACACUAGCAACAACCACAACAACAACAACAAAAACAAUAAUAAUAAUAAUAAUAAUGAUAUAAACGAUAAUAAUCUGUACAAUAUCAAUAAAAUUAUACCAGUAGAAGAACAAGAACAGCAGCAGCAUCAACUGCCGAGACACCAUCAGGAGCAUGAGCAACAACAUCGGCAGCAGGACCAUCAGCAUCAAAAAAAAGAAUACGUUCGAGAAGAGGAACAGGAACAGGAACCGGAAGACGAACAACAAUUGUUGCAUCAAAAGCCAAAGGAUGUCAUUACGAUAAAGCAGCUGCCAUUACAGUUCAGUGGCAGCAUCAGCAACAACAAAAACAAAAACAACAACAAUAACCACAACAACCAGAAUGGCCCACUGGCGGAUACAUGAUAUCCGCAUAUACCCAUAAGACUGCCACGUGGCAAGCACUGAGAGAACGCGGAAACUUUGAUAAUGAUUAUGCUAACAAUGAGAGAUGUAUAUGUAGAUGUUGUUGGAUGAUGUGGUGCGCACAGACACCCAGAACACACACACACAAAUGCACACCAAUUUUAAAUUGUAUAAGCUAUACAGCAUAAAAGAUUACAUUUGGAUAUACAUAUGUGUAUGUGUAUGUAUGAUGUACAUGUACGUACAUAUAAUAAUGCUUUUUAAUGUUACCAAAUAUGAACGAAAAAACAACAGACAACAUUUUAGCCCCCAACAGAGUGCGUUUCAUGACAAAGAAUAGGAUAGACAUGGAAACAGAUUAUCCCAUAAAUGAUAAAUGAUAUGAUAAAUGUAAUAGCAUUGUAUUCUAUGGGAUGACACAGGCAUUAAUCUGUUCCACAAUUCGCUUAGACACCAUCUCUUACGUAUGUAUAUGCGAAUACACCAUUCCCUAAACUCUAUUCAUUAAUUGUCUUAAUAAGAAGAGUGAUAUUAUGCUUUAGUUUCACUUACACAGUUACAGACCAGGUUUAAAUCUACUUAAUUUAAAGCAAGGACUCCAUUGGACAACAGACUUAAUAUGUAUAAACUAGAACCACUUCCAUAUAACCACUAAAACCACUGGGCAGCAGAUCUGUGGACACUCUUAAGUCAUGAAACGCACUGUCUGCAUAGUAUAUCUACUCCGAACAAUCUAUAAGUUACAAAAGACCACCAACAGAAGCUGAAGAAGUGCAAGCAAAAGCUCGAAAUUGAUUGCAGGCGCUCACCGACCUCCUCUAUAAUAUAUAUAUAUAUAUAUAAAAUCUUUCAAUUUAGUUUAGACACAAUCUUUUGUACGCAUGUUUUUUGAGAGACUUAUAAUUAGAUACCAUUUUUUUGCAUAUUUUUAAUUGUGUAUAUAUGUAUGUACGAGUAAAUUAUAAAAUAAUUCGAUUAUUAUUUUCGCCCUACGCGUUUCUGAUCGAAAGAAUCUCUCGCGGUGGCUGAAUUUCGUCUUUGGACGUCUCUAGGAACCUUUAUAUUAUAAAAUAGGGCACUGUUUAUAAGUUUGCAUGGCGGGACAGCAACAGAUAUCUAUAAAUGUUACAUUUUUAAUGAAUGA